UAUGAUUAUCAUCAGAUUCGGUUUAUAAUUACUCAUAUAAACUGUGAUCAUAAGCAGAUAUCUCCUUUUAAGUUUGAGUCGAUGAUUACGAUAUGAUAUGCGUCUAUGUUUCUUAGAAUUGAUUCAUAUACUGCUAGUCCUGCACUAGUUUCACUCAUUUAGGGAGUUUCCUCAAGGAAUGGGAUGUGGUUUGUGUUAAUUAUGUGCUUAGUUGUUGUUUUUUUUUCUCGAGGAGGUGCUAGGAGUUUCAAAUUUUAACCUGCCUGUGUGUGUUUCUCUUCUUCAAUUAGCUGUGUUAGAUCCUUGGCCAGUACGAUUAUCACAGGACUCAACUCCAGUCUCUCCACACUUAGAAUACUUGCUAUUGGACUGUUAAUGGCUGUAUCACUACUAAAGAGUUGGGAACUGUAAUGAGGUCUCUGGGACAGAAUCCAACUGAAGCUGAACUUCAGGACAUGAUCAACGAGGUUGAUGCUGACCAAAAUGGAACUAUUGAUUUCCCUGAGUUCUUGGAUUUGAUGGCACGAAAGAUGAAAGAUACUGAUUCUGAGGAGGAACUGAAGGAAGCUUUUAAGGUCUUUGAUAAGGAUCAAAAUGGUUUCAUUUCCGCUGCUGAGUUGCGACAUGUUAUGACAAAUCUGGGAGAGAAAUUGACUGAUGAGGAAGUGGAUGAGAUGAUUCGUGAAGCAGAUGUUGAUGGAGAUGGCCAGGUCAACUACGAGGAGUUUGUCAAGAUGAUGUUGGCCAAGUAAACAUGGCACAGUUUGUUUGUUUUUUUAAAAGAGGAAAUUGAAUUGUUAUCAUUAGCGAAACUUAUUGGAAUUGGUAUAUUGUUCCAGCCCAUUAUCCAGUUUAUUUAACAAAUUACAUUGCCUACUGGAGUUGUAUAUCCUGCUAGUGGAAUGAGUGCAGACCAAACCAUUCUAAAUGAAAGUACAAUCUCUAGACGAGUUAAUCGAAUGUUCAUAUGCAUGUUGAAAAAGAGAA